AUGGUAUGCAUAUUUUACGGGACCGUUCUUAUGCUAGAAAAGUUCGGUUGGAUUUGGUAUCAUCCUCAAUUUUUUGCAGCUGAUAGAAGGGAUUGGUUUGCUCUGAAUCUGAAGAAGGAUAUGGGCAGAUACUCUGAUGAUAAUGGGACCUUAUGUGGGGAAUUACCAUCUGGAGGUUAUGGUUAUGGCGCAACAGUGAAAGAAUUUAAUUCUACAAACACAAGGCAGAAUCCCCAUCAUUCUUUGUUGUGGCAACCACCAAGCUCGGGAUGGGUCAAGUUGAAUGGAGAUGGUGCUAUGUCAUCUGUAAGCAUGAGAGCUGGAUAUGGAGGAGUAUUAAGAGACAGUACUGGUUGUUGGAUAGCUGGGUUUACUCAUCAUCUAGGAGUCUGUGGUGCCUAUGAAGCUGAAGAUUGGGCAGUGUUUAAGGGUCUCUCAUUUGCUUGA